AUGGUCUUAAUCAGCGUAACAAGGAUUUCACUACGAAAUAUUGUUGAGCUUGAAAGGUUCAUAUCGACAUCGUGUCCAUUUCAAAAGAACACCGCUGGGAAGUAUAGGACAACAAGUGGACGAAAGCAAAUGCUUACAUACGAAAUGGCUCACCGACCUCAUCAUAUUGGAGUUAAAAAAUCGUGGUUAGCAUGGCACUCACAAAAUUUGGAAACGUUCAGGCAGCGACAACCUGUCGUGAUAGCACAAGAUGAUAUUAUUCGUCGAUUCGUGCGUGGUUUUUUCCCAGACUACAUAACCACUGAUGGAAGUGAGCUGGUUAUCAAACGGCAAGGGAAUUGUGUCCGUGUAGCAGGAUUCUUUCACUAUCGGAACAGAUUAAACAUACGUGAGAUAUAUUGGAUGUUUGGAUUUACUGAAGAAUUUCUCUCAAUUCUGCUCAAACAACCAGUGAAGUUGGAGAUCCAAUUCGUGGCCGAUGAAAAAGACUUAGCUUAUAACUAUAUAUGA